CCUUUUGGAAUUACCCAAAUUUUUAAAAAUUAGAAAAACGUAGCAUGUUACCCAAGUUACCGGUUACCUCUUUAUAAAAUUCAGCUUGUUUUCAUUUCCUUCGCAGCCUUCCGAUUAUUCCAAACCCUUACUCUCUCACGAAGUUGAAUUUUUCCCAGCUGUAACCAUGUCUUCAUCGUAUCUUCCUGCAACAACAGACUCAAUUGCUCAGGCUUUAGAAGCUGAAAACCCAUCUGAGGCCAUAUCUAUUCUUUACCGUGUUCUUGAUAGUCCUUCUUCCUCUUCAGAAGCUCUACGCAUAAAAGAACAGGCCAUCACAAACCUCUCUGAUCUUCUUAGGGAUCAGAACCGGGCUAAGGAGCUUUGCAAUCUUCUUACUCAGUUGAGACCCUUCUUUUCAUUGAUCCCCAAGGCUAAAACUGCAAAAAUUGUCAGGGGAAUUAUUGAUUCUGUUGCCAAGAUUCCUGGAACAUCUGAUCUCCAAAUUGCUCUCUGCAGAGAUAUGGUACAAUGGACUCGUGCAGAAAAGCGUACAUUCCUUAGACAGCGUGUUGAGGCAAGGCUUGCAGCACUUUUGAUGGAAAAUAAGGAGUACUCUGAAGCUUUAACUCUUCUUACAAGCUUGGUCAAAGAGGUGAGGAGAUUGGAUGACAAACUACUUCUUGUUGACAUAGACUUGUUAGAAAGUAAGCUACAUUUUUCAUUAAGAAACCUUCCAAAAGCAAAAGCUGCCCUCACGGCUGCACGGACAGCUGCAAAUGCUAUAUAUGUGCCUCCAGCUCAACAAGGCACCAUAGAUUUGCAGAGUGGCAUUCUUCAUGCAGAGGAGAAGGAUUAUAAAACUGCUUAUAGCUAUUUCUUUGAAGCUUUUGAGGCUUUCAAUGCUCUUGAAGACCCCAGGGCAGUUUUUAGUCUUAAGUACAUGCUGCUGUGCAAGAUCAUGGUGAGCCAAGCUGAUGAUGUAGCUGGGAUUAUUUCUUCAAAGGCUGGCUUGCAAUAUGUGGGGCCAGAAUUGGAUGCUAUGAAAGCUGUUGCUGAUGCCCAUUCAAAACGUUCUUUGAAACUAUUUGAGACUGCUUUGAGUGAUUACAAGGCUCAGCUAGAGGAAGAUCCAAUUGUUCACAGGCACCUUUCAUCCCUGUAUGACACACUUCUGGAACAAAACCUGUGCAGGUUGAUUGAGCCUUACUCAAGGGUUGAGAUUGCACACAUCGCGGAACUGAUUGAGUUGCCAGUAGAGCAUGUAGAGAAAAAGUUGUCUCAAAUGAUUUUGGACAAGAAGUUUGCUGGGACCCUGGAUCAGGGUGUUGGAUGUCUCAUCAUAUUUGAAGACCCCAAGGCAGAUGCCAUCUACCCGGAAACUUUGGAAACCAUUUCCAACAUGGGCAAGGUUGUGGACAGCCUCUUUGUGAGGUCCGCUAAGAUAAUGGCAUGAGAGGAGAGUUUUUCUGUUUUUAUUUCUUAGAUAGCACUCUUUUCAAUUGCAGACCUCUCAUGGUUGAUUUGUGUUCUUCAUUUUAAUUGUUUCUGAAUCACUGCUUACUUCAUACUGUUAUGGCAUAAUUGAAACAUGUUAGCCA